UAAGUUUCAGUCUACUUUGAGAAACCAAAUUGGACGGAUGUUAUUUCGCUCUUACUUCUGAAUUCGCCGAAAGAAGCACAAAAAUAUUUAUCAAGUUUGCGAGUAGCGUAAGAAUUUUGUAAAAACAAGUAAAUAUAAAAUCGACGAAAGUGUAAUUGUUUUACAAACAGUGCUGCAACAUUAAUAAAAGCGCAGUGCGCCGUUUUGCAAAGUCAUCAGUGUGUGAUAAGAAUUUCACGAAAAUUGUUAAAAUAGUUGCAUAACCCGUGACCAUUGUAAGCGCCAAAAUAAGAACGCCCGAAGGCAACAAUAACAAGUAACAGAAGUAAUAUAUAGUAACUUGGUUGUGCAAAAAAAUCCAAAAGCGAAAACGCGUAAAGAGCGAAAAUAAAAAAUUCCAUUGCGGUGUUGCGGCCGUAGCCGCCGGGAAUAGAGCCGCCUUUCCCCCCGCUGGCGCUCACAAGCAGUUCAAGUGCGCGUUAAUUAUCCAAUCAGUUUUCGUCGUGUGGUUGCAUCGCAGCAAACUAAAAGGAGAACAGAAAGAAGAACAAUUUGAUUAUGUCCCAAAAUCGUGAUACUUUGAUACAUUUGAUAGCCGGCGGAUCCGCGGGCACGGUUGGUGCGGUGGUGACAUGUCCCCUGGAGGUGGUCAAGACCCGUCUACAGAGCUCAACGGCAUUCUUGGCGCCGUCGACACGAAUUGCUGAAACCGCUGGCGGACCGGCAAAUGGCGGCGCCUCCGAGCUGCUGAGGCCGGAACAACGACGUAAGCUAAGCACAACGAUAUUACGUAACAGAUCACAGCCACAGGUGAUUGGGGGUGUGCGUAGGAUUAUGGCCAUUUCACAUUGCGGCAUCUCGUCGACCACCCCAAAGUCCAUGAGCAUUGUACAGUGUCUGCGACAUAUUGUCCAAAAUGAAGGUCCGCGUGCUCUAUUCAAAGGCCUGGGUCCGAAUCUUGUGGGCGUUGCGCCCUCGCGUGCCAUUUACUUUUGCGCCUACUCACAGACAAAGAACACACUCAACAGUUUGGGUUUCGUUGAGCGGGAUUCGCCUUUGGUACACAUCAUGAGUGCUGCCAGUGCUGGCUUUGUCUCGUCCACAGCGACGAAUCCCAUUUGGUUUGUCAAGACGCGAAUGCAGCUGGACUACAACUCCAAGGUUCAAAUGACUGUGAAACAGUGCAUCGAACGUGUAUAUGCCCAGGGUGGCAUUGCGGCAUUCUACAAGGGCAUCACGGCCAGCUAUUUUGGCAUCUGCGAGACAAUGGUACACUUUGUCAUCUACGAGUUCAUCAAGUCAAAGCUGUUGGAGCAACGCAAUCAACGGCAUACGGACACAAAGGGUUCACGUGAUUUCCUUGAGUUUAUGAUGGCUGGCGCCGUCUCGAAGACGAUUGCCUCCUGCAUAGCGUAUCCUCAUGAGGUGGCACGAACGCGUCUGCGCGAGGAGGGCAACAAAUACAACUCGUUCUGGCAAACACUGCACACUGUGUGGAAGGAGGAGGGACGCGCCGGACUCUACAGAGGCUUGGCCACUCAACUGGUGCGACAAAUUCCAAACACAGCCAUUAUGAUGGCCACAUAUGAGGCGGUGGUUUAUGUGUUAACGCGGCGCUUCAACAACAAGUCAAAUGAGUUUUACGAUUUUUGAAGAACAACACAAGAAAACGAGAGAGUGAACCAAAUGCCACGCCUAUUUAAUCCCGCCCCCAAUAAAGGACUAGUUAACAGCGAGGAACCCAAUCUGUGCAUAUAUAUAGACGCGACUGCUGCAACUUAUUAUGUAAUAUUAAACAUAUUGAAAUAAUAAUUUUAAUGCGGUUUUCUAGACGAUUUAACCAACGAGCGCAAAAUUUCGUUAAUUAGCUCCUAAGGCAACGAACUCGAGAGACUUAAAGAGACGUUAAACGUUGAACGCACGAAUUAUGUUCUAUAAUCUGUAGUCAUUAUUAUUGUCAAGGCCAAAAAGAAAACAAAAUAAUACUAUAUGUAUGUAAACAAAAAUUGAGAAAUGAAAACUGAAAAUGACUUCACUUAUGUUGAAACGAUUCUGAAACCUUAUCAAAAUUUGCAAAAGGCUAAUUAGUUAAAAUGUUAAAAUUACAAAUUAUAAAUGAAAUGUGGUUGAUAUUUUGAUAUUUAUUCACUUGUAAAUAGAAAUGUAGAAUACAUCUAAAUAUUUAUGCUGUACAUUGUAGUUGAAAUUCAACGUUCAGUGAGGGAGAGCGCUCGGAAUCUGUUGUAUAUGUAAAUAGAGAAGCCCACUUAUGAUUUAACUUGUCGUUGCCUUCAUAUUAGUUCUUAGCAAUAAGCACAAUCCGUACUAGUUUACCCGCAGGAUAUGCAAGCACACACAUCCUGCGGUCGCAGUCAUUAGGCGCGCAAAUCAGUUGUCCAAACACAUCGAUGCCGCCAUAUCUACUUAUAUACUACUUUAACUUUAUAUUAUUUGUAAUUACUUAAUUCGUACAUAUAACGUAUUUUUAGAAUUGGUAUGCACCACGCAGCGUAUACGUAAUUUGUUGUGUUAAGUUUUCUCAAAUGCGAUAUAUAUUUUAGUUACAAUUAAUGCUAUCAUUACUAUUAUCGGAUACGUUGCUGUUUAUUUAGUGCAUUAACUAGUUGAUUAUAAUGUAAUGAUAUUGCCACUAUAUUGCAUAGUGCCUUUAAUCGUAUUUAAUUGAUAACGAGCAAAGAACGAAAGAAAAGUACUGUGAAUAUUUGAUAACAAUCUAAUUGAAUGGUGAAAUCAAUAAAUACAAUUUUUUGUUUAAAAAUAA